UCCUUGGGAGACAGACAUAUACAAUAAUGGAUCAAGGAGUGAAACCAGGCUAUGAACCAGAUCGGAUUCCACAAUCGGUUUUCGCAACCACAAUGACUGCUAAACAAGAUUGGAGUACUCAAUCUAACGAUUUGUUUAGUAUUCACAUCGGAGAUCAAAGUUUCACCAAAAUGUAUAAAUCUGGAGAACUCUCCAAUUUUGACUAUACUGCUACGUAUAUUAACAAUAACAACAACACUGAUAACAAAACUAAUUUGACGGACGCUGGAACCAAAGAGGUCAACAUCCUCGAAGCGGAAACCGGACCAGAAACCCCUAAUCGAGAUUGCCUAACCAAUGUUUCUAAACCGGAACAACCUCGACAACGUCAGUUAAGUCCGACCAAGUCUUAUCGCUCCGACACAAGUAAUAACAGCGCAGCUUCUUUUGCAUUUCCCAUAUUACCAGAGUCCCAACAAGAUCCAAAGACGGCACUUGAGGUGAAGGAUGAAAGUGGUGAAACGGAUAUAUCAAGACCAGACCCGAAGCCCAGCUCUAACUCUGAUGAUCCCAAACCAGGGGACGGUGGCGGCUGGCUUUCUUGUUUUUCAUGUUUCUCAGUGAAAAGUUGAGAUUAGUUCUCUUUGUCAAGCCUAUUUAUUUAGGUCGUAGUUGUCCAAGUUGUCGAAGAGACACGAGACACUAGACAAGAUAAAUUACUAAUUUGAUCUUAUGUCACACAAUUUAGACAUAUACUAUGUAAUCGUAAUGUGUGGACUCUGGAUGGAAGCAAAAAAAACUGUUGUUUGUUUUCUUAUAAACAGUUUUAU